AGUCGUAAUGUGUGUAUAUGUGAUAGACUGUGGUAUUUAAAUGGCCAGCUGAGUCAGAUGCAUACAAAACAAUUUAAAAGCCCUGUUCGUCUCUCUGUUACGCCAUAAACAGAAAUUCAAGAUGUAAAUCUUAUCGUCGACUGUUUAUUAAUUGUGCGUGGGAAGAUGAGGGAGUUUUAUAUUAUACGAUAAUGCAUUUUAUCUGUAAUUUGUGUUAUGAAAUGGUUUAGUUUUGUGAGGAUUUGAUAUUUGUGACCGUUUCUAUGAGUCCAUGAAGCCUGUCGGGUCAGGUAUUUGUGCUACGUGUGCGCGUUGAAAGGUUGACACCCCGCAUUGAUAUCUUUACUUCAAGCUCCAGUGAACAAGCCGUAAAGCAACAACAUCGCAACCCCGGGAACAACGGGAGAGGACAUGAUAAUCGUGGAUCGGGCCCGUAUUUCUAUUCUGCAGCGCCUACGCCGAGCUCAUUGAGUCGGUAACCAGCGUCCGACAUGGGGAAGGAGGUAAACGGUGUUUCACGGAGCCGGUUUGAGAUGUUCACGAAUAGUGAUGAGGCAGUCAUCAAUAAGAAGUUGCCCAAGGAGCUGUUGCUACGAAUCUUUUCCUUUCUGGAUGUGGUGACACUCUGUCGAUGUGCCCAGGUCUCACGGUCCUGGAAUGUCCUGGCCUUGGACGGCAGCAACUGGCAACGAAUCGACCUCUUUGAUUUUCAGAGGGACAUUGAGGGUCGGGUGGUGGAGAACAUUUCAAAGCGAUGUGGGGGCUUCCUUAGAAAAUUGAGCUUAAGGGGUUGCCUGGGUGUUGGUGACACUGCCUUGAGGACUUUUGCACAGAACUGCAGAAAUAUUGAGCUACUUAGCUUGAAUGGCUGCACCAAGAUUACUGACAGCACGUGCAAUAGUCUCAGUAAGUUCUGUCCAAAGUUAAAGCACCUGGACCUCGCCUCCUGUACCUCAAUCACCAACCUGUCUCUUAAAGCUCUCAGUGAAGGUUGCCCUUUGCUGGAGCAGCUGAACAUUUCCUGGUGUGAUCAGGUCACAAAGGAUGGCAUCCAAGCUCUGGUGCGCUCCUGUCCCGGACUCAAAGGCCUCUUCUUAAAGGGCUGCACACAGCUUGAAGAUGAGGCUUUGAAGCAUAUCGGAGCACACUGUCCAGAGCUGGUUACUCUCAACCUGCAGACAUGCUCGCAGAUCACAGAUGAUGGCCUCAUCACUAUUUGUCGAGGUUGCCACCGCCUGCAGUCUCUGUGUGUGUCGGGUUGUGCCAACAUUACAGACGCCUUCUUGCACGCCCUGGGACAGAACUGCCUGCGUCUCAGAAUAUUAGAAGUGGCUCGCUGCUCUCAGCUUACAGAUGCUGGCUUUACUCCAUUAGCAAGGAAUUGCCAUGAACUUGAGAAGAUGGAUUUAGAAGAAUGUGUACAGAUCACAGAUGUAACUUUGAUCCAGUUGUCCAUUCACUGUCCUCGUCUUCAAGUCCUGAGUCUAUCUCACUGUGAGCUGAUAACAGACGACGGCAUCAGACACCUCGGCAGCGGCCCCUGCGCUCACGACCGCCUGGAGGUGAUCGAGCUGGACAACUGCCCCCUCAUCACAGAUGCCUCUCUGGAGCACCUGAAAAGCUGCCACAGUCUGGAUCGCAUCGAGCUUUAUGACUGCCAGCAGAUUACCCGCGCAGGCAUUAAAAGACUACGGACUCAUCUGCCUAACAUCAAAGUGCACGCGUACUUCGCUCCUGUCACUCCGCCCCCCUCCGUCGGGGGCAGCCGUCAGAGGUUCUGCCGCUGCUGCAUCCUGCUAUGAUGCAAAGACAAGCACCCCCUCUCCUCCUGCAACCUCUCUACUCGGCGUGUUCCUCCCCCCAACCCAAUGCCACACCGUCUCAUCUUCUAAAGAAAAAGGAUACAGAAAAUUUCAUGCUGGUGUGCCCGCUCUGCUUUCUUCUUUUCGGAGCUCCAGAGAACGACGGAGAACCAAACGGGAUUCAAGAUUCUAGACGAACUUCUCUAGAAACGGUUUUGAGUCCCAAAUCAUACACGGUUAACACGAACAUCGGUGGGCACAUCAGUAUUUUUAAGAGGGGCUGUGUGAAUAACCGCUGUGUUCAUCAGUGCUACAAGAUUUUCCUUUCAAUCAAAUGAAGUAUGGAAAAUUUUCUUCCCCCCCCAAGUAAAACUGAGGAUUUUUCACAAAGAUCCCCUCCUCCCAGUUUUUCCCCCCUGGUUUCGAAGGUCACUCAAAAGCUGCCUCUAAACAGGAACUGCACUUGAGCAAGACCACCGUUUACUGAUUAUUUCAAAAUAAAAGCAGCAGUGACGUAGCUGAAAAACUGCCAACACCUCCGAUAAACACACACACACAGCAGCAGAGAGCAAUUAUUUUUGUUCCUUUUAAGAAUAUCAGCAGCCAUUUGCACUUAAAAUGAAAAAGAGAAACAAUGAUCAGACAUUUUACUAACACACGCUGGCGCUCACAGCCAUAGUCCUCUCACCUCUCUCCGUUACAAUCAGGCGCUUCAAGAUACUGAAGAGAAUAGAAACAAAAGUUGAAAUAUUUUUCUAGAACUCAGACUCACAAGUCUGGACUUAAGAAGAUGCCAAAUGUUGCAUGUAACUCCUCCUCGUCCUUUUUUUUUUUUUUAAUUAAAAAAAAAAGUGUAAAUAUAUAGGACUGCGAGUCGAAGCCAGCUAAGAAGCAGCAACAGGACAGUGACGCAAGUUGUGGGUGGAAACAUCCACCCAUCGGCGGAAACUCCAGCAAAGUUGGAGCAUGCUCGUUUACACACUGAUCUGCUGGGGAGUUUAAGCCAGAUCUCUCUGAUUUGCUGGCCUGUUACAGCUUAUGUUGACAAUAAACUUUUCUUCCCCCCCCCCCGAGAAGAAGUGGAAAAAUAAGACCCAACAUCACUACAGGAAUUCAAGCUGAAGGACAAUGGAAAGAUAAAGCCAACUUAAAAAAAACAAUCCUAGAUUGUCUUCUUUCAGUUAGUUUGAGUUCACUGAGUUGCUUUUUCUUUCGCCUGGAGGACUAAGGUAGCGGUAGGGGUCGAGAGCCUCAGCUCCUCAGAGGCCUUGCAGGGAUUCCUCCGGCCGUCCGGGACAAGCGACAUUGAAGCCGCUCCAAGAGAAAGCUGACUGAAUCUGAGACCUGCAGCGGCGGAGCUUCUAAAGGACUUCAGCUCCGUGGCCCUUUGAAGUAUUGAAGCCUUUUCUUAUGAUUCGCCCUGUCCUGCUCUCACACCUGCUUCAUUCUUUCUCUUUAUAUAAAUGUUUUGUUUUUUUUUCCCCUCCUGGCUGUAAUUUCCUCUGAGUCUUUCACUCUCUUUGUUUUGCUGUGGUUUGGAUUCUGUCUCCGUUGUGUUUGAAGCCAUGAGUCCCGUCUCUGCGGAAUGAGUUUAAGCCCAAUUUCCAAUCCCGGUUUUGAUCUGAUGGAGUUUGUUUUCAUUAAGUUUGUUACUAAAUGUGUAGCGUUUGUCCGUGGGAAGUGUUGGCAUCAGUGCAAUUGUACGUUUUUUUUUUAAAACUACAUAUAAGUUGAGUUUAAUGGCUACUAUUGCUGAAUGUUUUAAUCGAGAAGGAUCUUAUUGCAGCAGAAUGAUUCUCAUUUCCACCCACAAGCAUUCUUUAUUUGCCUUGUUUUGAGAAGAAGAAAUCCUUUACUCAAUGUUCUCUGCCCAAAUGCUUCAAGCAAAGUGAUAAAUAAGGAUAUUUGUCAAAAAUUUAAUGUGCGUUGCAACAAAUUGGCAUUUGCCAAAUCCAAAAUUAUGAUUUUAUUCAGUGUAAUUUUUAUUUUUUAUUUCUUGGAAGGGGCUUUACGAGAGUAUUUAUAAAGAGAGGAGUGGGAAAAGUUUGGGAAAGGUGACUGACUCUGUGCUCCAGAAGACAAGAUUUUUAUCUGGGAUGUAAUACCUGUUUGUCCUCAAGUUCACCAGUGCAGCUAAUAGCGACGUGCUUUCAACCUGCUCCUGAACGUUUCAUUUGUAUUAAAGGAUACGUCAUUUGAUGCUUCAAAAAAAAAAAAGAGAAACACUACAAGUUCCACCUUGAACUUAUUUUCCAGAGCAGUAUCAAACUCUUAUCUUUAUAUCGGCGCUCUAUAUCCCCUGGUUUACAUUUAAGUUGGAGCUAUCACGCUCCGGUUCUGUUUGUCUAAUGCACGUUUUGUCCUAAACACUGGAGUCAGGUUAAGGAGAAAGGCAGAAGAAGCUGAAUCAACAGUGUCCGUGUCGGAGGCAGAAGAUUUGACACCUGAAAAAUUUAAAAAACAAAACAGGAGUUUUGGAAGUGACUGUAGUUCAUGUAUUUACUGUAAAUCUUUUCCUUUUUUCUUUCUUUUUUAUAAUUAACCAAUAUAAAGAAAUAUGUAUGUAUGAAUAAAUAUAUACCUAUAUUAUUAA